AUGUUUGGUUGGGAUUUGUCGCCAAGAAUUGGUGAGAGCACACACUCCACUUGGGAAAGGUGUAAUAUUUUGUUGGUUUGGAAGAGUUGCUCGCCAAGUGCUCCUGCCUUCUGCAAGUCAUUGUUCUUUCAAUCUGUCCGGCAGUUUAUAACCAUGGCCAACGAUGCUGGUAUACUACCUUCUGGGAGAGAGUGGACAAUGCCACUCUUUGUCUUCUUCAAAGAUGCUAGAUAUGUUUUCAAAAGGGAUGAUCUUGGGCUGGAAAUACUACGCAUUGCAUUCCCCGCAGCUCUGGCAUUAGCUGCUGAUCCUAUUGCUUCUUUAAUUGAUACAGCAUUCAUUGGCCAUUUAGGUCCGGUGGAAAUUGCUGCUGUAGGAGUUUCGAUUGCUAUUUUUAAUCAAGCCUCUAAGGUUACCAUAUUCCCACUUGUUAGUAUCACAACUUCUUUCGUUGCUGAGGAAGAUACGGUUAAAAGAAUUAGUGAUAAAAAACUAACAAGCGAAAACUCAGAGAAAGGUACUUCCAAGAACAAAGAAGCGGAUGAGCUGGUGCCGGAAAAUGCCGUGCUCGAAAACUUAGAGAAGGGUUCAGCAGAAAAAGAUGAAACAAAAGAGUUAGCUUCGGAAGAUGAUUUCAGAACUACUACAUGUAAGUCUCCGGAUGUUAUCAGCAGCAAUCCAAAGAAUGGAAAACUCAGUAGUGAACGCAGAAACAUCCCUUCUGCAUCAACUGCGCUACUUCUUGGUUGUGUGCUUGGACUCCUUCAGACCAUGGUCCUCAUAUUUCUAGCAAAACCGUUCUUAGGUUUCAUGGGUGUAAAAUCUGGAUCUCCCAUGCUAGCGCCUGCACUGAAGUAUUUGACACUGAGAUCACUUGGGGCUCCAGCUGUUCUUCUUUCUUUGGCCAUGCAAGGAGUCUUUCGAGGUUUCAAGGACACUAAAACUCCUCUUUUUGCCACUGUUGCAGGAGAUUUGGCAAACGUAAUUUUGGACCCAAUUCUUAUAUUUGUGUGCCAUAUGGGUGUGAGCGGUGCAGCCAUUGCACACGUCCUUUCUCAGUACUUGAUCUCCGUGAUUCUCUUAUGCAAAUUGAUGAAACAAGUUAAUCUAUUAUCUCCAAGUCUUGGAGAUUUGCAGUUCAGUAGAUUCCUCAAGAAUGGUUCUCUGUUACUAGCAAGAGUUAUAGCUGUGACUAUCUGUGUGACUUUGGCUGCAUCAAUGGCUGCAAGGCUAGGUCCAACACCUAUGGCUGCCUUCCAGAUAUGCUUGCAGGUCUGGAUGACAUCAUCACUUCUUGCUGAUGGUUUGGCUGUUGCGGGACAGGCUAUCCUUGCUUGUGCAUUUGCUGAGAAAGACUAUCAGAAAGCAACAGCUGCUGCAGCACGAGUACUCCAGAUGGGUUUUGUACUGGGACUUGGACUUGCUCUUUUUGUGGGACUUGGUUUGCAAUUUGGAUCUGGAAUUUUUUCGAAGGACAAAAGUGUUAUUCACAUUAUAUCUAUAGGCAUCCCGUUUGUUGCAGCUACACAGCCAAUAAAUUCAUUGGCAUUUGUUUUUGAUGGUGUUAAUUUUGGAGCAUCUGAUUUUGCAUAUUCUGCAUAUUCCAUGGUUCUAGUGUCAGCAGUAAGCAUUGGAUUCCUGUUUUUCCUCUCCAAAACUAAUGGUUUCAUUGGAAUAUGGUUUGCUUUAACAAUUUAUAUGGGAUUGAGAGCAUUUGCUGGCGUUUGGAGGAUGGGAACCGGAACCGGGCCUUGGCACUUUCUUAAAGGCCGACUGUUGCCAUAG